AUGUCACACCUAAAAACGAAAAGGCUUCAUAUCUCACCAUUGGACUCACCUCUCCUCAAUGCCAUCCUCCACCCUUCAACCCGCGAUCUUGUGACAGAUAUCUCCCUCCAUACGAUCCAGACUUUCCCUGAAAAUAACUAUGGCUUCAUAACACUCCCAGCGGCGGAAGCAGAUAAGCUCAUGAAGAAGCUCAAUGGUUCCAUCUUAAAGGGAAGGAAGCUUCAAAUUCAAGAAGCAAAGCCUAAAACAAAACGAGAACUAGAAGAGAACGUGGCUUCCGAUGUUCCAUCCCUUCACAAUCAGACCAUGGCAACAAAGCGGAAAGCUGGAAAUGAUAGUAUUGAAGGAUAUGCCUUGUCAUCCAAACGACGCGUGAUGCGAGGCUGGACGGAUGCAUCUGAGAAGGAGAAACGGUCCCGGAAAGCCGACGCAACGGAUGAAAAGCGCAAGAAAAACAAGUCCUCUAAAUAUACGAAUAAGCCUGAAUGUUUAUUUCGAACUGCUUUGCCUUCGAACAAGGCUAGUCUUGCAAAACCAAACAAGCAACCCAAAAAAGGCUCCCCUGGAAGAAUCAGUGCUCUAGUCCAUGAAUUCGAGAAAUCAACAGCCUACCCAACUUUUCUUAGGGUGGAUCAAGGCGUUUCGGCAACACAUUUGACUAGUGAGUAUGUCGAAGGAAAGGGGUGGGUUGAUAGAAACGGUAAUUUGAGAGAAUCUCUUCCGAUGAAUACCACGAUCACGAAUCAUCGUCCAGUGGCGCUACAUGAAGAGGGGAUUACUGAGUCUAUGAAGGGUGCAGAUAGGAAGCAACGCAUGACGGCAAAAGAUAUGGAAGCUCCAUCAAGCUUGAGAAUACUAAAUGAAGAGGGCCUUUUAGACGCAACCCAAAGUUCGGUUUCUGGGAAGGGUGAAAACCUUCCUCGUGACACUUUUACGGAGAGUGACUCUGAUAGCUGUAUUUCAGACACAUCCAAUGGAACGAGCACUAGUCAGAGACUGAAUGCUGGAACUAACGCCAAUCCCCCUACGGAUGAAGAGUCUACUGAGGAUACCUCAAGCGAAGGAGGGUCUACGAGUGACGAUUCUGGUUCUGGUAAAAGCAGCUCUGAGUCAGAAGCGAAGCAAAACAGUACGGAUGAAGCUUCUCCAAACAAGUCUCUCAUAACCAGGGACACCCCAGAACCCACACCCAUCAAAGAGGUGCAUCCUUUAGAAGCCCUAUUCAAGAAGUCGGCAUCAGAGACUACAGAUAUGGCUAAAAGACCACAUUUGGAAGUCAAAACUGCCUUUACCUUUUUUGGUAAUGCCGAGGCUGAUAGCGAUGUUGAUGUGGGCGAUGAAAAUGGCAUUUUUCAAGCCAUCAAUCGGAAUACCGGGGCUGAGCCGCAAACCCCAUUUACCAAACGAGAUUUGCAAUUUCGCGGCUUACGUAGCGGUGCACCCACGCCAGAUACUGCAGCCGUAAGUAAAAUAAAAUUCUGGGAUGAGGAUGAGGAGGAAGAAAAAGAUGAUAGCGAUGAGAAUGACGUUAGCAGCCUCGAAGCAACAUCUAUGGAGGAGGCAGAUGACGGGAAGAACCAAAGGGUCAGCACCACCAAAGUUUCUAAGGAAAAGGAAACCAGUGCUGCAGAAGAAAGCGAAUUUGCAAAAUGGUUCUGGGAAAACAGAGGAGAUAACAAUAGAGCUUGGAAAAGAAGAAGAAGAGAGGCUGCUAAAGAGAAAAGACAACGGGAGAAUAGGCAACGAGGUAGAAGAUAA